GGCCCGAACACGCUGCACGGAAAUGGCGACGCCUGUCAGUAAUGCUGCUGGAGUCGAUUAAAUACUCACUGGCCUGCGCGCUGCUGCUCGGAGCCUGCGGGGAUUUCUGUGAAGGCCACGGCGCGAUGCGCGAGCGGCUCGGGGAGUGACUCCGCUGAAGAGUGUGUGGAGCAGCUGCGUCCUCUGACCUCUCUGAAGCACUCGUGGAUUGAGCUGACGAUGGCCUCCAGCCUGAAGCAGACCGACGGAGAGACCUUCAUGCCUUCAGGAUCUAACGGACUGAAUGGGACGAAGCCGUCGGGAGUGGAGCGGAAGCACAGCAGCCGUCUGUCCCGCGUGGCCCCCAUGGCGCUGGAUGUUCAGGGCAAAUGCGCGGCGUACGUGUUGGCCCUGAGGCCGUGGAGCUUCAGCACCUCCCUCACCCCCGUGGCUCUAGGCAGCGCUCUGGCCUAUAAGCUGGAGGGCUCGGUGGACCUGCUCAUCCUCCUGGUGUGUGCCGUGGCUGUUUUGGUGGUCCACGGGGCGGGGAACCUGGUGAACACCUACUAUGACUUCUCGAAGGGAAUUGAUCAUAAGAAGAGCGACGACAGGACUUUGGUGGAUCAGAUCCUGAAGCCGCAGGACGUGGUGAUGUUCGGCGCGGCGCUGUACUCCGCUGGAUGUCUCUGUGCCACUCUGCUCUACUUCCUCUCCACCCUCAAACUAGAGCAUCUAGCUCUCAUUUAUUUCGGAGGACUAUCCAGCUCUUUUUUAUACACUGGAGGCAUCGGACUGAAGUACGUGGCUCUGGGGGACGUGGUCAUCCUCAUCACCUUCGGUCCCCUGGCUGUGAUGUUCUCUCACGCAGUGCAGGUGGGUUAUCUGUCGGUGCUGCCGCUGGUGUACGCCGUGCCGCUGGCGCUCAACACUGAGGCCAUCCUGCACAGCAACAACACGCGAGACAUGGACUCGGACAAGCAGGCGGGCAUCGUCACCCUGGCCAUCCUGCUGGGGCCCACGCUCUCCUACGUCAUCUACAACCUGCUGCUGUUCGUGCCCUACCUGCUCUUCUGCAUCCUAGCCACGCGCUACACCAUCAGCAUGGCUCUGCCGCUGCUCACGCUGCCCAUGGCCUUCCCUCUGGAGAGGCAGUUUCGCCGCCAGUGCUACGCCAAGAUCCCUCAAAAGACCGCCAAGCUCAAUCUGCUCAUGGGACUCUUCUAUGUUUUCGGGAUUAUAUUGGCACCGCAGGGUAGCUUGCCGUUAUUGUGAGUGAACUAUUGUUUUUUUCUCUUAAAACGUUCAACUUUAAAAACAACUCUAGAUACUUUUGUAUUUAUAGCGAUGCAAAUGAGAAGUUCCGAGACUCUCUCGUUGUUAAUUUAUGUUUUGGGAGUGGGCGAGUGCCCUCGGUACACACAUAGGCUCUCCAGAACAUCAGUGUUGUCCAAACAGACCAAUCUGGAAAUGAAGAAGCCGGUUCUAUACAGUAUAUAUAUAUGGUUUACUAGCGAAUUAAAGGUUU